CAAGGAGUUCCGCUAAAUAUUGUCCUUUCCGGUAAAAACAUUCAACAUGGCCGACCUCGAUCCCCAAGAGUUGGCUGAAAAGAAGAAGAGGAGGACUUUCCGUAAAUACACCUUCCGCGGUGUUGAUCUCGACCAGCUGCUUGAUAUGUCGAGUGAGCAGCUAAUGGAGUUGUUUCAUUGCCGUGCCCGCCGGCGAUUUGCUCGCGGACUCAAGAGGAAGCCACUGGCUUUAAUCAAGCGACUGAGAAAGGCAAAGAAAGAAGCUGGUCCACUUGAAAAGCCAGAGGUUGUCAAAACUCACUUGCGGGACAUGAUUGUCGUUCCAGAGAUGAUUGGCAGUAUUGUGGGCGUGUACAAUGGCAAGACUUUCAAUCAGGUGGAAAUUAAGCCUGAAAUGAUUGGUCACUACCUGGGGGAGUUCAGCAUCACCUACAAACCGGUGAAGCAUGGUCGACCAGGUAUUGGAGCCACCCACUCCUCACGGUUCAUCCCUCUCAAAUAGAGGAAUGUAAAUAAACAAACAUUCAGUGUCA